AUAUUAAAAAAAUUAUUAUGUUUUAGUUCUAUUGAGGCUUAAUUUCACCCUCUCAUCAAUCAAUGGCUGUUCUUCUUCUACACUCUUUUCUUCUGUCAAUCUUCAUCUGGUCAAUCCCAGUUGCCCCGGCCGUUGACCCCAUUUCCGAGUCACUCCUGGCCUUAAAAUCUCAGCUGAUUGAUGAUUCCAACGCUCUGGGUGACUGGAUUUUGACCCCGGAAUUGAAUUCGUCGUCUGGGUUUCAGAGCUCAAGAAUCCAUGGAUGUCUCUGGUCUGGUGUCCGGUGCAACGAGAACUCAUCAAUGGUGGUCGGGUUGGACCUUUCCGGGAAGAAUCUCCGGGGGGUUUUUUCCGAUGACCAAUUCGGAGCUUUUCUCGGCGUUCUUGAUCUGAAUCUCAGCUACAACUUGUUCUCCGGGAAUCUCCCCUCUGGGAUUUUCAGCCUCACCAGUCUCCGAUCACUGGACGUCAGCAGGAACAACUUUUCCGGCGAGUUCCCGGCGGGGAUCUCGAAUCUGGGGAGUCUGGAGAUUCUUGAUGCCCUCAGUAACAGCUUCUCCGGGAACUUACCUUCGGAAGUCUCAAAACUCCGUUCACUAAAGAGAUUGAAUUUCGCAGGGAGCUAUUUCAGCGGCCCAAUCCCUUCCGAGUAUGGCUCGCUGGAGAAUCUCGAAUACAUCCAUUUGGCCGGAAAUUCUCUCGCCGGAAAAAUCCCACCUGAACUGGGAAAGCUCAGAUCCUUAACUCACAUGGAAAUAGGAUACAACUCAUACGAAGGAACUAUCCCGUGGCAAUUGGGUAAUUUGAGUGAGAUUCAAUACCUGGACAUUUCUGGGGCCAAUCUCACCGGACCCAUUCCGAGAGAGUUCGGAAAUCUCACAAAACUAACUUCACUCUUCAUGUUUGGUAACUUUCUUGAUGGAUUCAUCCCAGAGGAACUGGGAAGAAUCACUUCUCUUGAAAGCUUGGAUCUUUCUGUGAAUCUCCUCUCUGGGCCAAUCCCGGAGACCUUCUCGGAGCUGAAGAACCUCCGGCUGCUCAGUCUCAUGUACAAUGAGAUGAGCGGGACAGUCCCGGAAGCCAUAGCCGAGCUCCCAAAGCUCGAGAGCUUCCACAUCUGGAGCAAUUCCUUCAACGGAUCCCUCCCAGAAAGCCUGGGGAGGCACUCGAAGCUCAAAGAAAUGGAUGUCUCGACAAAUCGCUUCACAGGCGGAAUUCCUCCCGGAAUUUGCUCCGGCGGGUCACUCUCGAGGCUGAUCAUGUUCUCCAACGGAUUCACAGGUCCAAUCGGCCCCUCCAUUUCAAACUGUUCUACCUUAAUCCGAGUCCGUCUGGAAAAUAAUUCUUUCACAGGCGAGAUCUCUCUCAAUUUCAGCAAUUUUCCUGAUAUAACGUACCUGGACCUGUCAAGAAACAGAUUCUCCGGCGGCAUUCCGAUGGAUCUUCCGGCGGCUUCAAAACUGAAGCAUUUCAAUGUGUCUUAUAAUCCAGAGCUAGGAGGGAUAAUCCCAGAAAAAACAUGGCAGAUGUUGUCCCUCAAGAACUUUUCGGCUUCCAAUUGUGGAAUUUCCGGAAAUGUCCCUCCAUUUCAGGGCUGCAAAUCAGUGUCUAUCAUUGACUUGAGCGUCAAUGGCUUGUCAGGGGCAGUUUCGGAAAGUGACUCCGACUGCAAGGAUUUGGCGAGGGUGAAUUUGUCUUUUAACCACUUAACGGGCCGGGUCCCGGCCGGGCUGGCCGGUCUGCCUGCCGUUAAAGUUGUCGACCUUUCCCACAACCGUUUUAACGGCCCGAUCCCGUCAGAGUUUGAAACGGCGUCAGAAACGUUAGCGCUGCUUAACGUCUCGUUUAACGACGUUUCCGGUUCGAUCCCCGAAAAGUUUAGUGCCAUGGACGCCGGUUUAUUCCAGGGUAAUCCUAACUUAUGUGGGCCGCCGUUACGGGCUUGCCAUAAUGGGCCGAUCCGAUGGACUCAAAAGUUCGCCCGGGCUCUGAUCCUCUGCGGGACGAUUAUCUUCUGCAUCACCGCCGCAAUGCUCGCCGGAGUUUAUAUGAACCGGUGGAAAACGGUGUCGUUUGACGGGCUUCACCAGUUCAGAUCAAAGGACAUUCUCGGAAGCUUCAUCGACUCCCCUCCGCCGCCGGGGACGGCGCCGGGAUCGGUCUGCAAAGCGGUCCUCCCGACCGGAAUAAGCGUUUCGGUGAAGAGCAUCAGGUGGGGACGGGGGAGGACGGCGAUCGCGUCGGAAUUCAUCAAUCAAUUGGGGAACGCGAGGCAGAAAAACCUAGCGAGGCUAUUGGGAUUCAUGUACAGGAAGGAUGUGGCCUACCUGAUCUACGAUUACCUGCCGAACGGCAAUCUGUCGGAGAAGAUCGCCGGCGGGAAGAUGGAUUGGGAGACGAAGGUGAAGGUGGUGGCCGGAAUCGCCCGGGGACUGUGGUAUCUCCACCGCGAGUGUUUCCCUCCGAUCGCCCACGGGGAUUUGAAGGGUAGUAAGGUGGUGUUUGACGAGAAGAUGGAACCACAUUUGGUUGGAUUUGGGGUUUCCUCACUCUCCCAAUUGGACAACGUUAAUUCAGGUGAAUUAAGAGUAGUGAUCAAAGAAGAGUUGCUCUAUAAAGACAUACACAACUUUGGCCGACUGGUUAUGGAGGUCUUAACCAAUGGUAGAGUUAGCAAAGGAGAAGUUGCAAGCCCACAAACGAAACCGAAUGACGAUGAUGCCCUUCUGAAAAAAGUCCUUCGCGAGAAUGAUAUCCCGUAUUCUGAUAAUCCGAUUAAGCAGGAAGUGAAGAGAGUUCUUGAUGUCGCAUUGUUCUGCACCCAACGUCGAGCUUCGGACAAGCCAUCAAUGCAAGAAGACCCUUUGAAGCUUCUCUCAAGCUUGAGAGUAGGAACGAGAAGAUAAGAUCACAGAAGUGUAUGAAAGGGUGUUGUUAUAUACAUCUCCAUUUUGGCUAUAUCCAAUCUUUUUAUGUUAAAUGGACAAUUUUACCCCUAAAGCUGACUUGCAUCAAAAUUCUCUCUUUUCUAUUUUUGAGGUUAAAAAUAUCCAUUUAACAUUAAUGGAGUGGAUACAGGCAAAAUGAAGGUAGAUAUAACAA